AUGGUGAAAUCAAUGAGAUGCAAGCGAGAAAAGAGACUCAGGGCCAUUAAAAGGGAAAUGGUGGCUCCGCUGUAUGAGAAGAAAGAAGAAGCCAAGCUUGCCGCUCUUGAAGCCGCCAUGAACGCUCCGAAACUCCCUGUUCGUACUCGCCGGGAUGAAACAACCACCAUGGAUGCUUCCACCGCCACUCCCACCGCCGAUAUAGAUGUGGAGAUGGAUGAAGGCAAUCAAACCGCGAACUCUUUGAAAUCUAUUGGGAGAAAGUUGAAGAAGAAACUGAAACUCGGCAAAAAGAAGUACAGAGGUAAGGGCAAGAUAAGGAAGAAGAAUGUUUAG